GGCGGGAGGAGGAGGCAGCGAUGGUUCGGCCCUCCGCCGCCCCCCCCCGCGGCCGCGCCCGGUGGUAGCGCCCGGGGUUGCGGGCUCCGCGCCUGCGUAGUGCGGCGCCGCGGGGGAAAGGGAGAGGGAGACGGACGUUGAGAGAACGAGGAGGAAGGAGAGAAAAUGGCGUCCACGGAUUACAGUACCUACAGCCAAGCUGCAGCCCAGCAGGGCUACAGCGCUUACACCGCGCAGCCCACUCAAGGAUACGCACAGAGCACGCAGGCAUAUGGGCAGCAAAGUUAUGGAACCUAUGGACAGCCCACUGAUGUCAGCUACACCCAGGCUCAGACCACUGCUACCUACGGGCAGACGGCCUACGCCACUUCUUACGGACAGCCCCCCGCAGUAGAAGGGACCAGUACAGGUUACACCACGCCAGCUGCCCCCCAGGCCUACAGUCAGCCUGUCCAAGGGUAUGGCACUGGUGCUUACGACACCACCACUGCUACGGUCACCACCACUCAGGCCUCCUAUGCAGCUCAGUCUGCGUACGGCACUCAGCCUGCUUACCCAGCCUACGGGCAGCAGCCGGCAACCACUGCACCUGCAAGACCGCAGGAUGGCAACAAGCCCGCUGAGAGCAGCCAGCCUCAGUCCAGCACGGGGGGCUACAACCAGCCCAGCCUGGGCUACGGACAGAGUAACUACAGCUACCCCCAGGUGCCCGGGAGCUACCCCAUGCAGCCCGUCACCGCGCCACCGUCCUACCCUCCCACCAGCUAUUCUUCUUCACAGCCGACUAGUUAUGAUCAGAGCAGUUACUCUCAGCAGAACACCUAUGGGCAGCCGAGCAGCUAUGGACAGCAGAGUAGCUAUGGCCAACAAAGCAGCUAUGGGCAGCAGCCGCCCACUAGUUACCCCCCCCAGACUGGAUCCUACAGCCAGGCUCCGAGCCAGUAUAGCCAGCAGAGCAGCGGCUACGGGCAGCAGAGUUCAUUCCGACAGGACCACCCCAGCAGCAUGGGUGUUUAUGGGCAGGAGUCGGGCGGAUUUUCCGGACCCGGAGAGAACCGGAGCAUGAGUGGCCCUGAUAGCCGGGGCAGGGGAAGAGGGGGAUUUGAUCGUGGAGGCAUGAGCAGAGGUGGGCGGGGAGGAGGACGCGGUGGAAUGGGCAGCGCUGGAGAGCGAGGUGGCUUCAAUAAGCCUGGUGGACCCAUGGAUGAAGGACCGGAUCUUGAUUUAGGCCCACCUGUCGAUCCGGAUGAAGACUCUGACAAUAGUGCCAUUUAUGUGCAAGGCUUAAAUGACAAUGUGACUCUGGACGACCUGGCAGACUUCUUCAAGCAGUGCGGCGUGGUUAAGAUGAACAAGAGAACUGGACAGCCCAUGAUCCACAUCUACUUGGACAAGGAAACGGGAAAGCCCAAAGGCGACGCCACAGUGUCCUAUGAGGACCCGCCGACUGCCAAGGCGGCCGUGGACUGGUUUGACGGGAAGGAUUUCCAGGGCAGCAAGCUGAAGGUCUCCCUGGCCCGGAAGAAGCCCCCGAUGAACAGCAUGCGGGGGGGCAUGCCGCCCCGGGAGGGCAGGGGGAUGCCGCCGCCGCUGCGGGGAGGUAGGCAUCCGCACCUGCCUGACCGGUUCCUGGACUGUCCGGGGGGCCCAGGAGGUCCCGGCGGCCCCAUGGGCCGCAUGGGAGGCCGAGGAGGAGACAGAGGCGGCUUCCCGCCACGCGGGCCCCGGGGCUCCCGGGGAAACCCCUCCGGAGGCGGCAACGUGCAGCACCGCGCCGGAGACUGGCAGUGCCCCAACCCGGGGUGUGGCAACCAGAAUUUCGCCUGGAGAACAGAAUGCAACCAGUGUAAGGCCCCGAAGCCUGAGGGCUUCCUCCCGCCGCCCUUCCCGCCCCCGGGCGGCGACCGCGGGAGAGGCGGGCCCGGCGGCAUGCGGGGAGGCAGAGGCGGCCUCAUGGACCGCGGCGGGCCCGGCGGCAUGUUCCGAGGCGGCCGCGGCGGGGACAGAGGCGGCUUCCGCGGCGGCCGGGGCAUGGACCGCGGCGGCUUCGGUGGCGGCAGACGGGGCGGCCCCGGGGGUCCUCCUGGGCCUCUGAUGGAGCAGAUGGGAGGACGGAGAGGCGGGCGUGGAGGACCCGGGAAGAUGGAUAAAGGCGAGCACCGCCAGGAGCGCAGAGACCGGCCCUACUAGAUGAGAGACCCCGCAGGCUGCGUUGGCUACCAGAUUUAUUUUUUAAACCAGAAAUGUUUUAAAUUUAUAAUUCCAUAUUUAUAAUGUUGGCCACAACAUUAUGAUUAUUCCUUGUCUGUACUUUAGUAUUUUUCACCAUUUGUGAAGAAACAUUAAAACAAGUUCAACGGUA